AUGGAUUUUCGAGCAUUGCUUGUACAAGUACAAGAUCGUUUAUCUGAUGCUGAUAGACGACGUUUACAUUUCCUAUUUGCUGGUGACAUACCGAAAUGGUACAAUAUUCAUCCAUCAAUGAGUGGCACACUCGAUUUGCUUCAAUGGUUAAU